AUGAGCAGGACACUGCUGGCAGGCAGGAUGCAGCCAGAGAUCCGGAGCGUCUGCGUCUUCCUGCCCACCCGUGAGCAGCUCAGCCUGGCCGUUGGGGUCAAAGCCACUGGACAGGAGCUCUUUCAGCAAGUUUGUGAUUUAGUGAAGAUUAAAGAGCCUCACUUCUUUGGCCUCAGCAUUGUUAAAAAUAAUGAAUAUGUGUUUAUAGACCUGGAGCAGAAGCUUAGCAAAUACUUUUCAAAGGAAUGGAAGAAAGAGACCACCAAAGGGACAGAGAAAUUCAGCCCUCCAUUUGUUGCGUUCUUUAGAGUACAAUACUACGUAGAAAAUGGAAGAGUAAUAGGUGAUAAGGUGGCACGGCAGCUCUACUACUGCCAUCUCAAAGAGCAAGUACUUAUGUCUCAUUGCAACCACAAAGAAGAAAUCUACUUCUUGCUGGCUGCCUACAGCUUACAGGCAGACUUGGGCAACUACAGAGAGAAGGUCCAUGCUGGCAAAUAUUUUGAACCUCAGGCUUAUUUCCCACAAUGGAUAAUUGCAAAGAGGGGGAGCGACUACAUCUUGAAACAUGCCCCAGAGAUGCACCGAGAACAGCAAGGCCUGAGCGCUAAGGAAGCAGUGCUGAAGUUCAUUAAAGAGUCCUGCCUGCUGGAAGAUGUGCCCGUCCACUUCUACAGGCUGCAGAAGGAUAAGAAGGAGGAUCGACCGACAGUUAUCCUGGGCCUGACCCUGAGAGGAAUGCACAUCUAUCAGGAGGUGAAUCACGUUCGCCAGCUCCUCUACGACUUUCCCUGGUCACACAUCGGGAAGCUGGCCUUUCUGGGGAAAAAAUUUGAAAUCCAGCCAGAUGGUUUGCCCUCUGCACGGAAACUGGUUUACUACACGGGUUGCCCCUUCAGGUCACGCCAUUUGCUGCAGCUACUCAGCAACAGCCACCGGCUCUUUCUGAAUAUUCAGCCAGUUUUGAAGCAGAUCCAAAAACUGGAGGAGGCUGAAGAGAAGAAGCGCUACAGGGAGUCCUACAUCAGUGACACUCUAGACAUGGACCUGGACCCGUGUGACAAGAACUCCCGUGGCAGCGGGAGCAGCGGGGGCAGCCGCAGGGAUAACCGCCUCUCGCGCCAGUCCACCGGGAGUCACGGCAGCUCCCACACCUCGGGCAUCGAGGCUGACUCCAGGCACCGCGUGUCUGUGGAAAUGUCGGUGGAUGAGCCCUUCAGCAUUGACCGGGUGCACAGGAAAGAGAAAUCCUGCAGCUCAACCAUCAGCUACGGUAGCUCUGGCAUUGACAGUGGCAGCAAAGGGCGGGCUGAAGAUGACGCUCAGGAUGAUGAGCUUGAGCUGGCAGUAGAUGAGCCAGAGGAGAUGCCUGUAGAUGAGCCUUUAGAGGGAGACCAGUUAGAGGAGGCCACUGUGGGAGAAUCUGUUGAAUCCCUGCCUCUAGAUGCUGCUAGCUGCCAAGCUAUAAAUCAGGAAUCUCUGUCUGUGGUGCAAGUCACACUAAUCAAAAUGAGAGGCCAAAGUGUGGAAUCCCUUCACCAGGUCAGAUCGCCCAAAAGCCGGAGCUGCAUGGACCAGCACAGCCAGAGUUUGGAUGACAUCCGCUUGUACAAGCGCCGGCAGCCGUCGCUAAGUGCCACAUUGUCUUCAGACACGUCCCACAGCUACACCUUCGGCUGCAGCCUCGAGGAUAAGCUGUCUGUCUACGGCUGUGUGUAUUCCACAGCGGACUGCAAAACCAAGUCUGCCCUUUACGGGAAGCGAUCCAUGAACUGCCUCUCCUUGGAUCUUCUGGGAGAGGACCAGCUCCCAGAGGAGUUUGUGGUGUAAUGAGAUUGGAGCUCUUCCAUACCAGGAAAUAGCUCAUCAUGGCAAUAUAUACCUCAUUAACACAUGUGAUGUCACUCUGGUUCUUGCAGGAGACGGUGAGCGGCUUUGUUAUUCAGCUCCGUAUCAGUAAGUGGCAUCACUUCUGCAGACCUGGCUACAGGGCAAAUCAACUGGAGUGUAGCACUUAACACUGGCAUUGGUAGUGUCUGUCUGAGCAGAAAAUGGAAGUGGCCUGCACUCUUAGCAGGGACACAACCAACAUAAAAACCAAAAAAGAGAGGACCAAAACUGACACUGAGCUAGUAAAGCAAACUUUGUCUAAAUGGAUUAAUCAGAAAUUUAAAGUCUAUGUCAUUUUCCUGCCUUUCUCUUGUGGUCCAUGUCUCUUAAUUUUAGUGUACAGAUAGUUUGUCUUCAGUUUGUGCUGCUGCAACGUUGCCAACAGCUGUCAGGCCAGUAUAUACUCUUAGCACAUUUGGAGGGCUGUGUAUGGAAGUGUCUGGCCUGCUUCAGUUGUAAUGAACACAAUUUGCUUAUUGGCUGCACUGGGCACAAGACCUGCUCUGCCAGGAGUUGUUUCUUCUUUUGCUGUUGUUAUUUUGUUGUAAACAUCCAGCCAAAUACAAUGUGUGGUCUUUAUUUUUUUUUUUUCUUUAUUGCAACAAAUGGAACGGACUGUCAGCUGUCUACUACUGUUGUGAUGCAGAUUUGCAUUAUAUCAUUGGGGAGAUAGGGAGGAGAUAAAUCAAAUGACUUGGCUGCUUCUGAGAGUACAGAGGGCAAUAGCAUUAAUUGACAGGCUUUUGAAGAGAGGAGUGUGACUGGAGAAUUUGUCCAGGCAUGAUCACCCCUUACUUUGAUUCAUAUUUUAAUGCUGUUCUUUUCUUUGUUUUUAAUAAAUCUGUUCCUUAGAUUUUUUUCCCCUCUCCUUAGGAGGCAGGUAAGGACUGGAAAAAGUCACUUUGCAAGGACAGACAGAGUGACUGUGUCCUACUUAGUCAUGGAUAGGUCAUACAGGUAUGUGUGUGUGGUGCUGCAGGGCUGAUGACAGUGCAAGUGUAAGGAGUUUGUGUGCCAGACCAAGGGUACUUGUUUUGGUGAUCUUGAGAGUGGUGGAUCUGGCUGUGCUGGCUCUCACUAGGGAAAUAAUCACAAUUAUGCUGUUUGAUUCAAGCAUUUGGUGUGGAAAACAUUCUGCUACCUUGUUACAUGCAAAUAAAUGUGUUUGGUUUCCUCCCCUCAUCAAUUCCCAGCAUUGGGAAGCUUGUACUUGAAGGCCCAGCUUUGUGCCCAGCUUUUGACAGCCAUCUAGGUGUGUUCAAACUCUAGAAGCAGAGGAAUAAUAUUCUGCUGCCUGGGGAAGUGUUGUGCAGUGUUGGUCAUCAAAAGCUGAAGAUGGCCUAAUUCAGGAAAGGAAGGAAGCCAGACUAUGACAAGGAAAGUUUGAGCUGCUGCUUUGAUGGUGGGCUUGCAAGCUCAGUAGUUGUCUGGUAAAUUGCAUUCCCAUAAGUCAUUAAAGUAGCAAAUCCUUGAAGUCCAUCAUCUUGCUACUUCUGUGUGAGUGGGAUGUAGAGACAGGCCAGGCAGGUGCAUCUGCAUUUACUGAAGUGGGCUCUACUGCUCUACAUCCUCCAAGAUGAAUCCAGCACCAAACCCAAGCUGCAUGCACUGUAGCCACAACUUAAUUGACUGUGCCCUCUUUGAUCACACUGUUCUUUCUUGUUGUAAUGAACAAUUAGGAGCUGUGUGUUCACUGUAGCCUCUUUUCCUUUGUUCCAAACAAAGCAGAAAUGCCUUUGCAAAGAGUACUUGAGGUAUGUUUACUGCAUCCAAAAUAAAUUCUUCUAAAUGGCGCUAAAUGGGUAAAGGAAAUCUGGUUGGCUGCUCUUGAACAGUCCAAUCCUCCCACUGUCAGUCACUCCCUGUUACCUGGGUCCUGUUUGGCCAUAAGCCACGGGAGAUGGGCAGGAGGCCAGUGGCUGUACAACAGGGAGCAGCCUUGCAGCAAUGCAGGAGCCUUGCUCUUGCAGCCACCACGGAGCUGGAGGGAUGGCUCUUACUGCAGCAGCGCCUGUCCGUGAAAAACAUGAGGGGGAGGUCUGGAGCGGGGACCCCACUAACCUGUUGCUCUCCCACCCACACAGAUGUACAGUUACUUGUGGUUCUGGGAAUGGUUGUUAACAGGAAUAAAAGGUCAAAAUUCAGUGGGUAUAGUUGUUUGGAAAAGGGUCAUAAAAUGCAUGUGCACCAUGUGCACACUUCUCUCAAAGACAAUCACAUCCAUAUCUGCUUCAGCCUAACCACAUCACAGAAGUGUUUAUUGCCAGCAGGCACCUCACUGUUCUGGUUUUGCAGUUGCAGGCCUCCAAAGGAUUUGGUGAAGUGCUGUAAUCCUGCUGCCACUGGUUACAAAAUGUACCAAUGCCCAAAAACAGUGUAACUGACUCUUGCAUGAACUUCCACUGCCUUGUACAUUCCUGAGGAGUUCUUGUAUUUAUUCAUGGCUGGUAGGGAAGGCAAGCUCUACAGGUCUGACCGUCUUCUCUCUGUGGUCUGUGCAGCUCCCUCCAGUACUGUAAGUGACAUAUGCAUAUGAAGGGGAGACCAGACACUUUGUGUAUAGACUGAGAAUGAAUCAAUAUCUUACGAGCACUGUGAAUAUCUAUUAUGCAACUUUUGUAUUCGUAUUAAAAAAAAAAAAAAAAAAAAACACAAAACCACCUGUUUCUGCUAGUAAUACAUUUAUUUUUGUUUGGAUUUAGAAGGUCUCUUAUUUUUGGGUUUGAUAGUUUGGUAGACAUUAGUGUGUAAGAAUUUAUCAGCUGAUAUUAGAAACUAGCUGCCAAUAUUUGUACAUAUUUGUAAAAUACUCCUGUUAUAAUCACUCUAUUUUAAUGGUAAAAGUUUUUCCUUUCCAUGAAAGGAUUUUCUUGUUUAAAAUAAAAUAUAAAUAAUUAUAUAUACACCUGCAAUAAAGUAUGGAUAGAAAAAAGGUAAUUGUGUAGUCAUUUUUGUGUCCAAGGAGGAUUGUAUCUUCCAUUUGAGAUGGGUUGUAGAAAUGAAUUUGCUGCCAGACUAAUCCUUAUGAGCUCAGCUUGUGAUGACAAACCCAGAGGCACUGCAGUCACUGGAACUCUUGUUCCUCCUUGCUAUUCUCAGUAGCACAAUGCCAAAGGGUAUGUCAGGUAUUAAGAACACAGCUGAGCAGGCUGGAGUCAGCAGGACACUCGAGGGGGCUGCAUCUGACUGAAGAGACAAGUCAGGCUGCUCCUGGUGGUUAGUCAAGUAAACCAAGCGUGUGAACUCCCAAGGAGGUAGAGAGAUCCUGUCAGCAUCCUCCGGGGGCUGCAUCCAAGGACAGCUGCCAGCCCACAGGAUGCAAAGUGCUGCUGAAGAGCACUCCACCAAAGUCACCUAACCUGCUGGCCUGGAGUCUGGCAUGGAUAAAGGAAAGUUUUCUUUUCUUGGGUCAUAAAUCUAUGAAGGAGUGCUGCAGGACUAUCUGGAUAUCUUCUUGAAGAAGCUUGCUCACUGGGAGCCUCUUAAAUUUUUUUUUUUCUUUUCUCUGGAAAAAAUUUUAUGUAGUGUUGUACUUCAUAUUUUUGUCCAAAGACAGAUUUGUUUCCAGGCAGUUGUCUGUCUGUCUUGCUGCAGGACUGCCUUGAUUAAAGCUGCCUUUGGCAGGGAGCCAUUUGCUUCAGGGAUCGGCAGGAUGGCUCACUGAAACACCUCACACCCCACCAUUCACCCAGUGACACAAGGAUGUCCUGCCACCACUGAAUUUGGGGAGAAGGUCUCAUCCAGACAGCAUGAGGGCUCUCGUAACAAAUGCCACUGUAUUUUACACACCAGUUUGUAUCACACAGCAAAUUGGGUCCUAAUUCUCAUUUCAGUCUCUAGGUCCAGAUACAACCACAUCUCAAGGGGAUAAAUGGAAUAGAUGCCAUAACUUACCAACUCAGAGUAGCAAAGCAGAACAAAGUUUUAUCUAUCAAGAAAAAAAGCAUAGGUGAUUCUGUGCUUCUCUCACAAACACCUGGAAAGAUGCUUUUUAAGGUUUAUUACAGUAAAACGUCUGCUUUUGCUAGAGCUGAUAGUGAAUGAGCACCAAGCAUCUUCCUGAUGAAACCUUACCACAGUGGCCCUAUGGCCUCUCAUAAAAAAUUGUCCAGAAAGAUUAAGACUCUUCUUAAUAUUUUCCAGACAUCAUCCAGAGAUCUCUUGGGCUUCUAAGAACACUAGACUCUUAGGCUGCAGUUUCACAAACAGCUUAAGCAGCCCUUUCCAGGAGCUACAUUUUUGUCCAGUACCUGCUAUGUUUCCAGUAUACAAAUUUUCAAGGACUUAGAAACUCAUCCAACUUUGGCUUGGGGAUGCUGGGAGAGGGUGAUUUGAUUACACAUGGAGCUUUGUGUGGAGAUAAAACUAAAUAACAGAUCAACAUUAAGUCACCCAAAUUUGAAGGACUUGGUCACUUCUCAUUGUUUCUUUGCUUGGCAAGUAAUAGCACUUUCUUGCCCUCUAGGGUGGACUGCCGCUGACCAACACGUAUAGAACGAGUCUGUCUCAGAAGAUGGGGCUUCUCAUGGUGCCAGCAAAUCCUGUGUGGGUUCAUCAAGUGCUGCAGUGUGGGAUGGGGACAAUGUGGUUGCUACACUAGAUCUGUUUUGAGGCAUGUGGGAGCUGCAUGGAGGUAAGGCCUGAAGGUGUGUGCUAAAGCUGAUGGGUAAAACAACCCAGGUGUUUUGGGUGAGGUGAGAGCAGUUCUUCAAUGGAUUUCUUGGCAGCAAAUUCUGAGACGCUGGAGGCUGUUACCGUAUUUUAAGAGUCUGAACAUUUUUGAGCAAGAACUGGUCCUAAAGCCUCUCACUGGAAAGCUGUAGCUCCUUGUCCCCCAGCAAGGUUCUUCUGUUUGGGUCGGGUAGCUCCAAGUUACUUUGCCCAGCUUCUCGUGGCAGCUCUGUUCCCUCAUCCCUACACUCAUCUGCUCUACCUCUACCUCUACCUCGGAGCCCCUGCUAUGACGCCUCCCCCUUCUUGGAGUGUCCUCCCGGGCUCGUGGCCUGGCUCCUGCCUUCAUGUCUCUCCUGGACGCCCACCAGUUGUGGCGCGGGGAGGAGGA